AGUUUCUUGAUUUUUGGUUCAAGUAGAUGUAAAGAUGAAGUCUUUAAGCUCAGUGGGACUAGCUUUAAGUGUGGUAUUUGGUUGUCUUUUAUUAGCACUUAUUGCUGAACUCUACUACUUAUUAUGGUGGAAAAAUAGGAUUCUCAAAACAAAUCUUGAAGAUGGUUAUACCAAUAGCAAAACAAGAGAGUUUUGUUACAUGUUUUGUGGCAAAUCAUCAUCAACAACAACUUCAAAAUCCCAAGAAAUUUGUUCAUCUGAUGCACAACUAGUCCAUGAACCAACACAAAUUCAACUUCAAGUUGGUUCAAAUGUGGAUACAAAUAGUGAUUUUUGGUUCAAACCCUUUGGUGAUGAUGAGUUUAUGGGGGGUUUUGGACCACCAAGAUUUUUGUUUACUAUCAAAGAGGAAACUAAAGAGGAUCUGGAGUCUGAAGAUGGUAGAGUGUCGAAUAGUCGAAAAAGAUCAAGAACUAGAAGUUUAAGUGAUUUGUGUAAUAGUAAUAAUCUAAGUGUUGAAACACCUUUUUUGACACCACUUGCUUCACCUUCUUGUUUUACACCACCUUUAAGUCCUAUUGUUAUGCCAACAAAUGGAUUUAGCUUCAACCCUUUUCUUGAAUCAACAAGUGAUGCUGAGUUCAACAAGUUUAUAAGGUCUAAUUCACCACCACCAACAUUUCAAUUCUUGAAGGAUGCUGAGGAGAAGUUUAGUAGAAGAUAUGUGGAGCCGCGUCCAUGUCAGUUCCUCCGAAAAUGCACUACUUCUAAAGAGUCUGAUACGCAUCUGAUGACAUUUUCAAAGAAUUCGAGCAACCUAGAAAAUGAUUAUAAUGAUGAUGUGUUGUCAUUUCAAGUUGAUCAACAUCAUGUUCAACAUUCAAGCUCUUCACAAGUACUUCCUUUGGCUUCUUCACCUCCAAUCUUGAAGUUGCCAAUCCAACAGGUGAACCAACAAGGGUAAAUUUUGUGCCCCCCCCCCCCCCACCCCACCCCCCCCCACCCCCCCACCAGAAUCAUCCAUUUGGUUGUAUUAAAAAGAAUCAAAUGACUCGUUUUUCUUUGUUUAAUUAGUGCAUGAAUGAUUUUAGACCUUAUAGUGUUUGCAUCAUCUUGGCUCUGGUGAUUUUGGAGGUGAAGUUGAUGACUAAUGGCCUAGCUAUGUUGUUCGGACUCAUUAAAAAUGUCAAUGGGUGCAUGUCGAAUUUUUCAAAAAUAGUAUAUUUUUGAAGAAUC